AGCAAAAAGAGUCUUGUGAUCAAUUGCAGUGGCUCCAGGGCGAAGAAAUAGUUUCGGGCAGGCGUAUUUUCAGCUCGUUUUACACACAUUUUCCCGACCCAACCAGUAUUGACGCGCAACGAAAAUGCCCAUCUGCGGACCGAAACUUUCCCUGUGCGGGUUGAUCAUCUCCGUCUGGGGUAUAAUCCAGCUGCUGCUGAUGGGAGUGUUCUACUACAUCAACAGUGUCGCCCUGAUUGAGGAUUUACCGCUGGAGGAGCAUUAUAGUACCCCGCAAGAAUUCUAUGCGGCCGCUGACGUCGCGUACAGUCAGAAUGCUUAUAACUGUUGGAUCGCUGCCUGUAUCUACGUCGUAACGCUGCUCGUCUCUGUACAGCAGUUCCAUGCAAACAGCCGCUCGACGGUCGCCUAAAUUCUCCCCUCCCAUUAGCACCAUCACAUCUUCAUACUCUCCCCUGCAAGAGCAAACAGCACCUUCGGGCAUAAUUUGAUAUGAAGGGCCGGUACUUCUAAAAACAAACAUGCGAAGCAACUGCUUUUAUCCUAUGAUGUAAAUAUGUGUUUGCCCCAAUCUGUUACCAGCCUCGUUUUCCCUUCGCUCUGCGAACAACGUACGUGUCUGCACAACAACAUUCCGUCGUCUUGUUUUGAAUUUCGGUUUCGGGCCCAGCAUUAACAUCAACAAAGGCCCAAAAAUUCUUCAGUUUCGUUUCCCUAGUCUGUGUUUCGACACCAGGCCACAUCAACAGAUGAUCGUAGUUUCGCCUGUUAGAGAACCAUUAUCAUUAUGAAGCCAUACAGUGAACAAAACGUGAACAAGUCCACACAACACACAUUAAAAACCAGUUCCGGAAGGUUCUUAUAAACCUACUAGAGGACACGAAACCGUUUUGUCUCCCUUCCAUCUCUGUAUGAGUGUACACUCUGAAGGAGUGAUAAAUGUAAAGAAACGGUAAAUAUAUUAUGAAAGUUUAAACCCAAAAACAGCAAUAGUGGCGUUAAGUUUGAAAGCAUUUCCCUACAUCCACCGAAUCGGAUUUAAAAGCGCUCCACUUGGUUCGAUUAUUGAUGUAAUAAACAGUAGUAAAAAAUAUGUUUUAUGUUGCAAUUUGUAUACAAUUCAUAACAACAACAAAAAAUGUCCCACAAUAUAUAUCUUUUGCUUGUUCUUUAUUUGCUG